UUCUAAACCUCUGAAACUGAUAUUUUAGCACCAACCCAAUUCUCUCAGAAACUCCGCUCUCACAAUCCAAAGUCUCCAUCUUGAACGCAAUUCGAUCGAAUCUGAGGACACCAUGAGAAGUGUGCAUACUGUUGAAGUGAUAUGGAGAGGAAAAAAGAUUCAUGUCGAGAUUGAUUCUGGUGCAAGUCUCAAGGAGAUCGGGCAAGAGCUGCAGAGAUUGACUAAUGUCAAAGCAGAUACACUGAGGCUAAUUGUUCCACAGUUUCCAGAUAAAACCUCGAGAUUGCUGUCUCCUUUCUCCGAUGAGCAUGAGCGCCUCAGUUUACAGGAAACAUCUAUUCUUGAGGGAAAGUCCAUCAGAAUGAUGGGAGCAUAUGAGAAUGAGGUGGAUGAAGUACUACAAAACUCAAAGGCAAACUUAAGGAUAGCAGGAUUUGAUGAAGAGGAAAAGAGACUGAGGCAGAGAAUGUCUGAUAGGCCUCAUACUUCCCUGAAACUUCCACAAGGACCUUAUAUCUUUAGUGAUUUCCACACACUUCAACUUCCAGGAAUUGAGUUGAACCCUCCAGCAUCUGAGGCCCUGAAAAUAAUGCACAUGCUUGCUGCAGAUCCUGGGAUUGUUGCUAUCAUGAACAAGCAUCACUGGCAUGUGGGAAUCAUGACUGAGAUGGCCCCGGUCGGUUAUGUUGGUAUAAGUCCCAAAUGCAUCCUCGGCUUUAACAAGAAUAAGGGAGAGGAGAUAUCUCUGCGUCUCCGAACGGAUGACCUUAAGGGUUUCCGGAAGUAUGCAAGUAUCAAGAAAACUCUUCUGCAUGAGUUUGCUCACAUGAUAUUCUCUGAGCAUGAUGCAAACUUUUAUGCUUUGGAUAAACAGUUGAACCAAGAAGCUGAGACAUUAGAUUGGACAAGAUCAAGAGGUCACACACUAAGCGGAUCUAGGUAUACAGAGCAUUAUGAAGAGAACUCCUAUGUUGGAGAGGGAAGUAAUUCUUCCCACAAGCUUGGAGGAAAUAUGCCUGAUCAACUGGUCAGUGCUCGUGCAUCUUCAGUGGCUGCUGCUUAUCACAGACUAGCAACUGCUUCCAACGAUAGCAUCUCCGAGGUACUUGAACAGUCAAGUCUUGAUGGUUAUGGAAUCCAUGUGCAUGAAGAAGACGAGCACGUGAAAUUUUUAGAUAAAAGGGACUUGGAGAUUGAAAGUUCUUACAAAGUUCAGAGUCAAAAUGAUUUGGAGCCUGAUCCUGAUGACUGUAUUGGCUGUGAGAACAAGUUUAAGCCCAAUCCUGACAAUUCCCAAGGACCUUAUGAAUCUUACUCAAAGUCUACAGGAAAGAGGAAAGAUGUCGAACCUGACCCUGAUAAUCUUGAAGCUUGUUUGAAGUGUGAUAUUGCUGCUGAACCUGAACCCUUACACCCUCAGGAGAUGGAGAUUUUGGAAAGCAGUUUUCAACCAAGGAAUCAAGUAGACGAACCUGAUCCUGAUGAUUAUGAUGUAAAACGGGAUGAUUCAGGAUCUGUUUCAAAUGUUAAUAUCAUAAGACCCAACCAGGAUGAGUCUGUAGCUACUGAAAUUACAAAAGAUGAAGCCAAUUUGAGGAAGUCUUAUGAAGAACCCGAUCCAGAUGCCUCUAUGUCAGAUGGCAUUAUUCAACAAUUAUCUCAUUCUGCUGGUAGUUUCCUGCGUCCAAAUGAAGUAUCCAGUAUGCAGAUCGCUGAACCAGAUCCAGACGAUCAAGAAAUUCAAAUAAUUCAAGACCCUGUUACAGUUGCGUGUAAACGUAUGCAGAAGACCAUUGAGAUGUUGCAAGCUGAGGUUAAUCCCACACAAGCUGUGGCAGUACUCCAAACUCUAUUCAAGAUAAUAAGGAAUGUUCUUGAACACCCAGGUGAAUCUAAAUACAGAAGACUGCGCAAGGCUAAUCCCAUGAUUCAGAAGAAUGUAGCAAACUAUAAAGCUGCCAUGGAGUUUCUGUUUCUGAUUGGUUUCAAUGAAAAUGUUGUGGAUGAAAUUGGACGAGCUGAGACUUACCUAGUGUUGAAGCGGGAUGAUCCGGGCUUGUUGUGGCUUGCCAAGUCCUCCCUUGAGACAUGUAUUACUGUUUAGUCCAAACAUCUAAAUUUUCAGCCUUUGGACAUUUGAUAAAAAAAAAAUCUGCCCUGUGAUAUCCAUUUAUUGUGCUUCAAGUACUACUUACAUAUUGUACACGCAGCAUUGUACCAUCUUUGUUUAUGUAGAGCAUUUCUCUGUAAUAUAACAUAUUGUAUCCCAGAUUACCAAUAAUAUGCUUGAGACUUCGACAGGGUCAACAACAUUACAUGUUCG